CUCCCACUCUCCCUUGCCUCCUCCUUCACAUUGCCGAACGCCGUGGAUGAAGUUGAGAAUCAAGAAGUGCAGCUACCGCGACGUAUAUGGUCCAGUGGCCUAGGCGAGUGAAUGAUUGACGGCUACUGAGGGUGAUGUUGAGAGGCUGGAGUCUCCAGGGCCAUGAGUACAUCUGCAAAUCAAGCCACCUUCGGACAUCGAGUGCACCUCUCGUUCUACCACCAUUACGAGGUUGCGUAAAGGCAUGAAGGAGGAGGCUCUUGCUUUCUCAAGUCCAUGACAACGAAGCCACACGAGCCACUAGCCAGGAUGAGUUCCGGGCAGACGUCCAAGUCAACCUACACUCAGGGUCACAGUGCCAGCGUUGUUGCUUCGCACACAUCCCGCACCGUCGAAAACUCUGCUUCUUUCCUUCUUCCACACCUUAAGCCGCACUACAAGAUUGUAGAUCUCGGGUGCGGUCCGGGAACUAUAACACGAGGGUUUUGCUCGUUCGUCCCACAAGGCUCCGUCACUGGGAUCGACUCGGCAGACUCGGUCAUUGAGCAAGCUCGCUCACAGGCGCCUCAAACGGAAUAUCCCAACCUCAAUUUCCGCGUCGGGGACAUUACCCAGCGCUUACCCUGCGAUGACAAUUCAGUUGAUGUGGUCUACACGCAUAUGACACUCCUGCAUGUCCCUUCGCCUGUCCAAGUGGUUGAAGAAGCCCGCCGCGUCUUGAAACCAGGCGGUAUGUUGGCGAUGCGUGAAGCCGACCAUGCAGAAUGGGAGCCUAGCACGCCCGCACUGGACAAGUAUAAUAACUUAUUGUUCGAAGCUGCUCGAUCGACUGGUGCUCAAGGGGCAGGUGCAGGUCGAAGGCUUCAUGUGUGGGCUUUGCAGGCUGGCUUCGAGAGGUCGAAGAUGUCCAUUGGCGGCGGGGCGACUGUAUAUACUGCACCUGAUGAGUCGAAGUGGUGGGCGGAUGUGCAUGUUGGGCGACUUGAAGGUGAGGUUGGCAAGAUGUGGCUCGAAAACAAGCUUGUCGACAGCCAAAAGGAUGUCGACGACAUGAAGGCCGCUCUAAGAACCUGGAAGGAGAGUGAUAACGCUUGGUACGGCGGUCUACAAGGCGAGGUGAUAUGCUGGAAGUGAGCAUGCACUAUCGGCUACCCUAGAUUGCCAUGGACAGUCGGCC